CGCUCCGGAGCCAUGGAGUUCGUGGCCGUGGCGCUGCUGGUGGCACUGGGGACACUGGGACAGGGACAGGGCCAGCCCAUCGGGCCCCAGGCCCUCCCGCUGUGCCCGCCCCUCCCCCCCCGGGACUGCCAGGACGUGCACGCGGGGGGGGCGCGGGCGGACGGGGUGUACCUGGUCAGCCCCGCGGGGGGAGGGGCGCCCCCCGUGCCCGUCUACUGCGACAUGAGCACCGAGGGGGCACGUCUGGACGGUACCGUGUUCCAGAAGCGAUUCAACGGCUCCGUCAGCUUCUUCCGCGGCUGGAACGACUACAGGGCGGGGUUCGGCCGCGCCGACGGCGAGUACUGGCUGGGCCUGCAGACCCUGGCCCUGCUGACCCUCCAGGCCCGCUACGAGCUGCGCGUGGAGCUCGAGGACUUUGAGAACAACUCGGCCGCGGCCACCUACGGCUCCUUCGCGCUGUCCCCGACGGCCAUCAGCGCCGAGGAGGACGGCUACGCCCUGCACGUGGCCGGCUUCGUGGACGGCGGCGCCGGUGACUCGCUGAGCUACCACAACGGGCAGAAGUUCUCGACGUUCGACCGCGACCAGGACCUGUUCGCGCAGAACUGCGCCGCGCUCUCGUCGGGCGCGUGGUGGUUCCGCAGCUGCCACUUCUCCAACCUCAACGGCUUCUACCUGGCGGGGCCGCACCUGUCCUACGCCAACGGCAUCAACUGGGCCCAGUGGAAAGGGUUCUACUACUCGCUGAAACGCAGCGAGAUGAAAAUCCGGCGCCUCUGAGGGCACCCGGGGGCUCCUGGGGACACCUGGGGACACCUGGGGACACCUGGGGGGAC